AUGGAAGAGGAGUGGCCAAAAUCGGUCGGCAGCACCCUCCUGGCGCCAUCUGAUUGGCCGACGACCGCCCCUACCCGGCCCUGACCCUAUUCCCACCGGGUGCACCCGAUCUUGGCUACUCACCCCCCGGAGGGGUACCCGAUCUUACUCUCGCCUACCGAAAAUGGCUGGGCUCUUCGACCAACAGACCACCAGCAGACCACGCUCACGAAUACACGUCACCAACACCCCGCACUCGAGUUCCGACGCUUCCGACGGCGUGCGGAGGCGGACCUAA